GUGCACGUCCCCCAUGCUGCAUACAUCGCAUAACCUGGCAGAUAUUUUAAGACUACAUACGGAUGCUAUGGUGCAGCCUAAAAGUGAACAUUUUUUAAAUGUUGCACAUGCAUAUUUAACUUCCUGGGUGACAGCAUGGCGCAGUAGACGAGUGUUUCUCAAAAGUUUUUUUUUUUUUUCAUAUCUGAAGGUAGAGACCGUAAACAUACCACAAGGCGGCAGCAGAGCCUCAAUAUUGACGCGUUUAUGUCAAGAAUGUGUUUUUCGAUCAGGGGUGAAAAAGUUAAAUCUCCUCAUAUUAUGUUUUUUUUUUGUCUUUAAAAAAAUAUUCUGGAAACAUUUUUGAGUUCCCACACUUAUCUGAGGGGGAACACAAUGUUAUUUUUGUAAAAAAAAAAAAAAUCAAUUUUUCUACUUGAAAAAUAUCAUACACUCAAUCCCAAAACAUUUUUUUUCCAUGAUAUUUACAAUUUAAUACCUUUUUGCCUCACAAAAAUGAUGCUUGAAUCUCAUGACAUAGACUUUUCACCAAUCAAAAAACUACUUGGAUUUUGUCUUAUUUGUAACAUGCAAAAUGGCGUUUAGAAAGUUUGGCAAUUCCUUCGCAUCACAAAUAUGAAUUUUCAUUAUUGCAGCGGAGGCAAUGGAGCCUUGUUAAAUAUGCAUAUUUGUUUCUCGACUAGUCUGCUUGCUGUGCAGGUGUCACUUCACGCUUCAUCUUCCUCAUUAAAAAUGCGGCGGUGUUUGAUUCGCAUUUUUUAUGAAGGAAUACGCUCUGCCGGACACGAAGUACAAUAAAACGGAUGUUACCGUGCAUCUUAUAAUGCUGUGUGUUAUGCAUAUUGUGUUGUUUGAAUGUGCUCGAUUGUAAUGCGUGGUGGCUUUUAUUGGUGUGUGUUGAAUGUCUUUGAACAAUAAAAACCUACUUGUUCAAUUAAAAUGAUGCAGUGUUACCUUUGUGCAUUUAUUUAGCAUAAAUAUGUAAUCGUAGAAUGGCCCUGAAGUGAUACAAUUGUAAGUCAACAAACAUUUUAUAGAAAAACAACCUGAUGUUAUUUGUUACUGUACAUUACAGCCUGUUAGCCUAGCCAUAAUUAGCAACUUCUGGAACAAUAGCCAUUUUUACAAAAGGUACAAAAACAACAACAAAAAAAUGUUUUCUAUAAAUGUACUGUGGCGUGUACAUUUACUUGCCUUAGUUGGCUAGUUUUGCAUAAUGUUAUCACCACACUCUGACCAGCUGUUAGCCUAGCCAUAGUUAGCAAUGUCUGGGUCAAUAGCCAUUUUUAAAGGUACAAAAAAAUUACAAUAUUAUAUAAAUGUACUGUUGCAUGUACAUUUACUUGCCUUAGUUGGCUAGUUUUGCAGAAUGUUAAUCACCACACUCUGACCAGCUGAUUAAGAAAAAUACUCCGUUGGUUAGGGUGUUAGCGUAGCCUAGCGACUGGUGAAACGACAGCCAUGUUUGUGCGUGAACACUAUAAUACAAUUAAUAAAUUACGUCAACUUUACUGAGGUUGGCCUAUUUCACUCAGUAAAUUAGGAACACAUUUUGAUCAUUUGAUUAAAAGUCAUGCCUAAAUGUAAUCUUUUAUCACCAUUCAGGAUAGUUAGCCAAGAUGUCGAUGAGCUACUAUGGAAGAAAGCCAGUUUUAGGGGUUUAUAUUGUAUACUCAAGUAUAUUGACAUUAAUAUAAAAUUUAUUGAGAUGUUUUGUGCCGUCUAAAUUAACACAUUCUGAACAGAUGGUUCAGAAAAUUCUGUUAUCCUUUAUUAAUGCUAGCAAUUUAACAGUUUGCUCACUUGGGACUAGUUCAAUAGAAAAACUUGAAUCAACCGAGCAAGCGUAUGAGUAAGCGCCAUAAAUGCCAUUUAUGACCCUUUGCGACACGCUGGAGCACAAUCACGUUGAGCCUCUCCUGUAAAAAAAAAAAAAGUCAUGUAGUGGACGCUCGCAGACGUCCGUGAUGUUGUUGUGGGAAUUUCGGUGGGUGCUGCUGGCGGCCUCGACCUUGGCGUUUUGCACUGACGCUUGUUUGAGUUGGGACUUGACCUGCGCUAAUGGCAAGCGUGUUUCCGAAGACCGCGCUUGCGACUUGACCGACGAUUGCGGGGACGGCGGCGACGAGCGGCACUGUUCCCACUAUAAGAGGUGUGACUUUGACGAAGGCUUUUGUGACCUGACCCAACCGCUGCAAGGAUUUUCUCAGUGGAACAGAACAACUGCGGUCGCGCCCAUCCGAGGCGACCAUGUGGACGACCGAUCAGCACAUUUCCUGUCGCUUGCACCUCGAAGAGGACAAGCUACCACGGCACAGCUGAUAAGUCCUCCGUUUGGGUCUGCCGACAGCUGCCAGAUGAGGUUCUACCAUUACGUCUCAGCCAAAUAUGGAGCACUUGAGGUUUUGAUGGAGACCGUACCACUGGGUCACAGCGCUGUGCUAUGGAAGCGGCCCGGUCCAGCGGAUGAGUGGCAGCGGACUGUCGUCCAGUUUUCCAGCAACAGCACUUUUCAGGUGAUAAUUCGCGGGACCCUCGCAGUGGACAGUGACGCAUCCGAGGUGCUGGCCAUCGAUGACAUUUCCUUUAGCCCCCAUUGUGUGUCUGUUUUACUUCCCGGUACGCUGCCGCCUACCGGCAGCGUUUGCCCCCCAUCCUCCUUCGCGUGCAAGGGCGGCGGGCUGUGCAUCGAGGAGGACAAAGUGUGCGACUUCACCCCGCAGUGUCUCCACGGCGACGAUGAAAGCAACUGCCCUUCGGAGUGCGACUUUGAGGGCGGCUCCUGCGGCUGGUACGAGCUCACCCUCGGAGACGGCUUCGACUGGGUCAGGGGCUCGUCGGCGGACGUACCGCCGGAGUACUACGAUCGGCCGCCGCCUCUGGACCACACCAGUAACGGGACGGAGGGUCACUUUAUGUUCAUACUGAAGAACAGCAGCAGUCUUUAUCCAAGGGCGGUUCUUCGAGGACCGUGGUUCCAGCAGUCGGCCUCCGGGUGCACCAUGACGUUCUGGCAUUACAACUCAGGCAUAUCAGUAGGGGCGGCAGACAUGUAUCUCCGCAUCCGCGGAGUCCAAAACAACACCCUCAUCUGGAGGACUUUGUACGACCAGGGAAGCCGCUGGCACCGGGUGAGCGUACAGCUGGGUCGUAUCACCAGCCCCUUCCAGAUCGCCCUGGCGAAAAUCAGUCUGGGCGUUUUCGACGGAAUCUCCGCCCUGGACGACGUGUCCUUCCACAACUGCUCCAUGCCACCGGCCGUCGCACGGUGCCCGCCGCAGACGCACUUCCACUGCACGCGAUCCAGGGCGUGCGUGGAGCGGCUGCUGCUGUGCGACCUGGUGGACGACUGCGGGGAUGGUUCAGAUGAAGAGGGCUGCUCCCCCGAACUGCAGUGCAACUUCGAGCACGGCCUGUGCACCUGGAAACAGGAGCAAAACGGCGGCGGCGACGUCUUCGACUGGACCCGCGUCCGUGGUCCCACCCCGUCCUUCAACACGGGGCCCUGGAAGGACCACACCCUGGGCACCAGCUACGGCCACUACCUCUACAUGGAGUCGUCUGUCCCCCAGGAGUUCAAGGACACGGCGGUGCUCCUGAGCCGGGCCUUCCAGCCCACGCACCAGCGCGGCGAGGACCCCUUCAACGCCCGCCAACCUUGCGUGUUCCGCUUUCACUACCACAUGUUCGGCUCGCACGUGUUCUGCCUCGCCGUGUAUCUCAGGACCGUAUCGACGGGCCGCGGCCAGUUGCUGUGGGUCGGAUACGGAGACCAGGGCAAUUUUUGGCACAGGAAGACUCUCUACCUUUCCAGCGCUCGACCUUUCCAGAUUGUAAUUGAAGGCACGGUCGGAGAUGAUUUCAACGGGGACAUCGGCAUCGACGACCUCUCCUUCCUGGGCUGCGUCCCGUACAACGGUGAGCUCCAGCCGGGGAACGCCGUAGACCCCACGCUGACCACGCCGGCCCCCUCGAUUCAGCCCCACCGCUGCCCCCAAGGGGAGUUCGCAUGCGGGUCGCCCGGCGAGUGUGUCGCCCGCGAGAAAGUCUGCGACUUCAGGCGGGACUGCUCAGAUGGCUCGGAUGAAGGGGAUUGUGUGGAUGAGUGGUGUGAUUUUGAGGGUGGUGAAACAUGCGGUUGGGAGACGAUCGUCCAACCCAUGGCGUCCGUGCAUGCGUUCCGCUGGUCACCUGACCAGGGGGAGAGCGUUCACGCCGGAGAGAUGUAUCAUCGUCCUGUCACCGACCACACCCUGGGCAGACCUGAAGGUUGGUAUAUGUGCGCCGACAGCUCCAACGGCGGCUACGGCCACACUACAGACCUCCAGACGCCCGUCAUCGGCUCCAGCGGGCCGCACUGCACCCUCGUCUUUUGGUACCACAUGGGCGGCUUCACCGUGGGCUCCCUCCAACUUUUGCUGAGGCGUGGGAACAUCAGUCACGAGGUCUGGUCUCAGACUGGUAACCAAGGCAACAAGUGGCGACGAGGCGAAGUGUUCUUGGGGCUGUCGCGUGACUUUCAGGUGGUGUUCCGAGCCAAGCGUGGCAUCAGCUACAUGGGCGACGUUGUGAUCGACGACGUUGGCUUCGUGGACUGCGCCCUUCCGCCACCCUCGGAUGUGCCAUGCACCCCCGAGCAGUACGUCUGCGGCAACAGCCGCUGCAUUGCUCGGGACGACAUGUGCGACUUCAUCGAUCACUGCGGCGACGUCUCGGACGAGGAUCCCUACAUCUGUAAGGGAUUUAUUGGCCGCUGCAAUUUUGAGUUUGACCUGUGCUCCUGGCGCCAGAAUUCGGAGGAUGAUUUUGAUUGGCAGAUCAAGGCCGGCAGCACUCCGACCUUCGGGACGGGACCCUCGACUGACCACACCCUGAGGGACCCCUCAGGGCACUACCUCUACCUGGAAAGCUCUUUCCCUCAGGCUGCCGGGGAUGCCGCCCGCAUUUCAGGGCCAUUGCUGAGCUACAGGAGCUCGCAGUGCAAGAUCCGUUUCUUUUUCCACAUGUCCGGAGACGGCAUCGGGACGCUGAGCGUGUUCCGAAAGACCCGAGGGGAGAGUCUUCACCUCCUCCUCAACCUGACGGGCGACCAGGGCAACUACUGGCAGAUGAGGGAGGUCCCGUUGAGCCACCCCGAAGACUUCUGGGUCACGUUUGAGGGACGGGUGGGCCGAAAUCCCAAGGGGGACAUCUGCCUGGACGACAUCACCUUUUCGCCAGGGUGCCUGCUCGCUUCCUCUGUCGCAACAGAGGAUGACGCCACUCCUCCUCCUCUUGAAGUCCAGUGUCCUCCAGGCUCCCUGCCUUGCCGAAACGGCAGGUGCUUCUCGCCCAGCCAGCGCUGCGACUUCCGAGACGAUUGCGGCGAUCGCACCGACGAGGAGCGCUGCGGGACUUCCUGCUCCUUUGAGGACGGCCCCUGCGGUUGGAAAAACUCCCUGGCGGACAAUUUUGACUGGUCGCUGGGAACUGGGUCAGUCCAGAGCAUACGGCCGCCAUAUGACCACACUUUGGAAGAUGAAACCGGUCACUUCCUCUACCUGGAGGCGACCCCCGUGGGACUGAAGGGCGACAAGGCUCACAUCAGUAGCUCCCUGUGGAAGGAAUCCAGCUCCAUCUGCAAGCUCUCCUUUUGGUACUACAUUUCCCACAAGGCCUCUGGAACCAUCCGCCUGCUCAUCAAGACGGAAAACGCCAUGUGGGAGGCGUGGAACAAAACGGGCCACCAGGGGAACAAGUGGAAGCGGGCCGAGGUGCCGCUGAGGAGGCUCCGGAACUUCCGGUUGACGUUCGAGGGCGUGCGCUGGCGCGACGUGAGCGGCGGCGCCGCCUUGGACGACCUGGAGUUCAAAGACUGCGCCCCGAGUGCUUCCGAGCCAAUGAGCUGCCCCGCGGUUACAGACUUUGUGUGCGAAAGCGGCCACUGCAUCGAGUCCCACCUGGUGUGCGACGGCAAGCCCGACUGCGCCGAUCAAUCGGACGAGUCCGAGUGCGGCACAGUGGCCGCCACGCCGGGAGCGUGUAACUUCGACGUGGACGACGGCCAAUGGGAGGAGAGCUGCCAGCUCGCUCAGGACACCGACGACGACUUUGAUUGGAGGAUCAAUCAUAGCAGUGAAACAGCGGGAGCCGGACCGCCAUCUGACCACAGUCCAGGCGGCGGGGGGUCCUUCCUCUCCAUCAACUCAGCCGCUCAGCGAGAGGGCGACGUCGCCAGGGUGACCACCAUUAGCGCGUUUCCGGCCAGCGUGGGCCUGUGUCACCUGCGCUUCUGGUUCUACAUGCACGGCUCGGACAGAAUGGGAACACUGAAGGUGUUCACGGUCGGACAGAGCGGCGCCCCGCUGCUGAUGUGGGCCGCGGCCGGAAACCAAGCUAAGGGGUGGACGUACGCCAGUGCCGUCUUGUCCAACCCGACGCCUUUUCGAGUGAGCUUCCAGGCGGAGGUGGGCGGAGACAUGUGGACCGACGUAGCCCUGGAUGACAUCACGUACACGGCGGAGUGCGUGGCAGGAGGACUGGUGACUCCGCAGCCCGUCACCUGCAGCACGGACCACUUCCAGUGCGUCUACGCCUUCCAGUGCAUCCCCGAGAGCUGGCAAUGCGACGGCGAGUUCGACUGCUUCGACCACUCCGACGAAGAGCGUUGCCCCACGGCCAUACCGGGCACCCUCCCCCCGCAGGGCGGCUGCCCCGCCGGCCGCUACCGCUGCUCCGACGACCUCUGCAUCCCGGCUUUACUGCGGUGCGAUGGCGUCCCCGACUGUCCCCACGGCGAGGACGAACACGGCUGCCCCCUGCUGCAGUGCGAUCUGGGAGAACUACUGUGUGACACUUUGUCCGCUUGCGUCCCUCUUCGCAAGCGCUGCGACCGCUUCGCUGAUUGUCUGCCUUUCCUCUCGGACGAGUCCAGCUGUGACUAUUGCCCUCCCAUGUACUGCCUGGGUCGAGGGUCAUGUGACGUGGAGCAGCACGGACCUGUUUGCACGUGUCAUCCAGAAUGGACUGGCAACCGUUGCCAUGUGAGGGUAAAGCCAUCGCUCUCCACUACGACACCACCCAAGAUCGAUGACACGUCACUGGACGCCGUGUACGCCGGGAUCGCCAUCGGAAUGCUGCUGCUAGUCGCCGGCGUGGCCGUCUGCGUCCUGGCCCUGUGCAGUAAGCGACGCCGCGCGACGAAGCGCUGCCCGACUGUCUACGGGAUGAUGGAUCACCCCACCUUUGGCUGGAAGUCGGAGUUUUGUCGGCGGACAGCUCGACGCAGGAACGACGGCGGGGGUCUCUCAAUCAGCGUGUACCCUUGGAGGAUGGAAGUGGAUGACCCGUCCUGGAGGGACCCCAGACUGUCCUUUGCCAACCCGCUGUACAAUCAUGAUGAUGAUCAUCAUCAUCAUCUGCAUCGUAAUGAAUGGAGUAGCUCAGAGGCGUAAGAUAAAAAAAAAAAAAAAAGAUGAACAAUAUAUUUGCCAUAUGGACGCCUGCUGUGGAUCGGUAUGCGAACUUACUGUACUUUGACUAUUUUUCCACUGGGAGAUUGGAUGGAUAGAUAUAUACAUGGGAGUGAUGUAACCAUAUUUAGGUACAGUAAAGUAGAUCAACGUAGUGGCUCAGGUAUUUUUUUUUCCUGGUCACAUAACUGCUCCGUAGGCCAGUGAAAAAUAUUGGCAGAAGCUCCAGUCAUUUUUGAUUACAACAACUUGAGAUUGCUCUUUAUCAACGGAUGUGAUUGGUUAUUUUUUUCCUGGUCAAUCUUGCUCGGGAGAAUAUUUUAGAAUACAAUCACAGGCUAGUAAAAACCUUACUAUACUAUGCUGUCAAUCCCGUUUAUUUCCUUAAUUUUUAUGUUGCUAUAAAAAUGUAGCAUCACCUGUG